AUGUGUAAGCAACCUAAAUGUGUAUACAACCUAAAUGUGCAUGAUUCAUACACUAUUGAAGCCGCUGGAACUCCACCACUCGCCUACAUUAUCGCUCAGUGCAACCACGUCUCCGUUACUGUGAAGCUCCGCCGUCGUCAGCUGCUGCUUCCUCUUGACCCCUCAUCGAACUCAUCGGAGCAGCAAGAAAACGAAGCAGUCGGAGCUACCGUCGACCACCAUUACAUCCCACCACCACUGCAGUCCGCCACCAUCGCCUUGCUGCCAUUGGUAAGUCUGUUCAAGUUUCUUUUGGGUUUAAAGUCGUCCCACCGGAUACCUGCAUCUGGAUCUGUGGGCGGUGACAGGUGGUGGUGGGGACUGCCCACCACAGCAACGGCGGCGAGUAGUGGUAGCACAGCAGCUUCGUUGCUUCCGUCUUCCCAAUACAAGGGUGAUCGAAGAGGAAAAAGGGAGCAAGGAUUGGGGUUUGUUUGGGGUUGCUCAGAUCAACAGAAAAGAAAAAGAAAUGGGGUGAGGCUGGAAUGGUUCUAUGGUGGGCGGAGAUGUAGCGGUUCACGGUGGAGUUUGGUGGUCGAAUGGAGGCUAGCAGGUGGUGCGGUGGCUAUCUCCAGAUUGCCGGAUGUAGCAGCCCCUUCUUGCUCGUUGAAAUCGGGAACGAAAGAAAGAAAUGGCAAAGACGCCGUCGCAGACUCGGCUGUCAAAGAGGACGACAAUAACGCCGGAUCCACCGUCCCCAACAGACCGCGUACCCCAAAACCGCGUACACCGUCUCCUGCCGUAGGCAACGGUACCAACGGGAGGUCUAGCACCAAUACUCCGAGUCAUUCUUUCACCGGAAGCCCAUGGCACAGUACGUACCCCGCGGGGGUACCCCCGACGCCAUCACCGGCGAGGACGCCGAGGCGGAUGUUCAAGUGGCCUUUCCCACCUCCGUCUCCGGCGAAGCCGAUCAUGUCGGCGAUUAUGAAACGGCAGGGUAACGGAAAGGGAAAAGGGAACACGGCAGCGACGGGAACGAUACCGGAAGAUGAAGGCGGAGAGGGAGAACGAGCGUUGGAUAAGAGUUUCGGGUACCAGAGGAAUUUCGGGUCAAAGUAUGAGUUGGGGAAGGAGAUCGGAAGAGGGCAUUUCGGGCAUACUUGUUGGGCAAAGGGCAAAAAGGGAGCUCUCAAGAAUCAACCCGUUGCUGUAAAAAUCAUUUCAAAAGCUAAGAUGACAACAGCCAUAUCAAUUGAAGAUGUACGUAGGGAGGUAAAGUUAUUAAAGGGCUUAUCUGGACAUCAACACAUGGUCCAGUUCCAUGAUGCAUUUGAAGAUGAUCAGAACGUGUACAUAGUUAUGGAGCUGUGUGAAGGGGGAGAACUCCUUGACCGGAUUUUAUCCAGAGGUGGAAGAUAUACAGAAAAUGAUGCUAAAUCCAUAGUUGUACAAAUCUUGAGUGUAGCAUCCUUUUGUCAUCUUCAAGGUGUAGUGCAUCGUGACUUAAAGCCAGAGAACUUUCUAUUUAGCACAAGAGAGGAAGAUUCGGCAUUAAAGGUUAUAGAUUUCGGUUUGUCUGAUUAUGCAAGACCAGACCUACGGCUGAAUGAUAUUGUUGGAAGCGCGUAUUAUGUAGCACCAGAAGUGCUCCAUAGAUCAUACAAUGUAGAAGCUGAUAUUUGGAGUAUUGGUGUGAUAACAUAUAUUUUAUUAUGUGGAAGCCGACCCUUUUUUGCUAGAACUGAAUCCGGAAUCUUCCGAUCCGUUUUAAGAGCUGAUCCUAAUCUUAAUGACUCACCUUGGCCUUCUGUAACCCUAGAAGCCAAAGAUUUUGUCAAAAGACUUCUCAAUAAAGAUCAUAGAAAAAGAAUGACAGCCUCACAAGCCUUAACUCACCCGUGGCUAAGAGAUGAAAAUCGUGCAAUUCCUCUAGACAUUUUGAUUUAUAAAUUAGUGAAAACAUAUCUUCGGGCCUCGCCUUUAAAGCGCGCAGCACUUAAGGCUCUCUCGAAAGCUUUGACCGAAGAUGAGCUUGUUUACUUAAGGGCUCAGUUUGAGUUAUUGGAACCGAAAGAUGGGUGUGUUUCUCUCGACAAUUUUAGAAUGGCUCUGGUGAAACAUUCGACUGCUGCCAUGAAAGAAUCGCGGGUUCUUGAUAUCUUGGAUGCCAUGAAGCCACUUUCUUAUACACGAAUGGGAUUUGAAGAGUUUUGUGCUGCUGCAAUUAGCCCACAUCAACUUGAAGCUCUUGAGAAUUGGGAGAUGAUUGCAAGUACAGCUUUCGACUAUUUCGAACUAGAAGGAAACCGUGUCAUUUCAGUAGAUGCAUUAGCACAGGAAAUGAAUGUGGGCCCAUCAGCACACGCGAUACUGAAAGAUUGGAUAAGAAAUACGGAUGGGAAACUUAACUUUCUUGGAUAUACCAAGCUUUUGCAUGGUUUGACUAUUCGUAGUUCAAACACAAGGCAUCAUUAAUAAUAAGAAAGAUGGAUUUAUUAAAUAGGUGAUUCUUGUUUGUUUAUUCUUAAUUUGUUUCUUCUGAUUGAUGCAUAAACAACAAAAUGGGCUGCAAUGGUUACAUGUAUCACACCCUUACAUGAUGGGGGAAAGAACGAUAAAGAUAGGGCAGAUAGAUAUAUAUGCCCAUGAGAUGACUGAUGGCAUGUUGGUAAUUUUUGUGUUUUUGUCAAAUUUGAUUUAUUGUGAAUUGGUGUUUAAAGAAAUUGUAAAGGUCAACUUGUUAUUAUUUUUUUUUUGUUACAGAUUAAGUACUUAUUUUAUCA